AUGGCCACGAUGCUUAGGGUUUUUCUUCUUCUCCUGUCGCUUUUAUCCAUAACAGCUCCUGCCUUCUCUCUUUACGAAGAUCAAGUUGGCCUCGCUGAUUGGCAUCAGAAGUACAUAGGGAAGGUGAAAGACGCCGUCUUUCACACGCAGAAAACUGGUCGAAAGCGAGUCGUGGUUUCUACUGAAGAGAAUGUGAUUGCCUCUUUGGAUCUUAGACAUGGCGAGAUUUUCUGGAGGCAUGUUCUUGGACCCAAUGAUGCUAUUGAUGGAAUUGAUAUUGCCAUGAGUAAAUAUGUCAUCACCCUUUCAUCUGAGGGCAGUAUUUUGAGAGCAUGGAACCUACCAGAUGGACAAAUGGUGUGGGAAUCAUUUCUUCAAGGUCCAUAUUCCUCAAAGUCAUCAUUGUUGGUACCGGCUAGCUUGAGAGUCGACAAGGACAAUGUAAUCCUUGCUUUUGGUAAAGGAUGUAUUCAUGCCAUUUCAGCCAUUCAUGGCGACACGCUCUGGAAGAAGGAUUUGGAGGCAGAUAGUUUUGAAAUUCAAUACAUGAUUCAGGCCUCUGACAGUGAUGUUAUUCAUUUGGUCGGGUUUGUUGGCUCAUCCGAGUUUGAUUCAUACACAUUCGAUGCCAAGAGUGGAGAGCUUCUAAAGCAUGAUAGUGCAGCUAUUCCUGGAGGUUAUUCUGGGCAAGCUGCUUUAGUUUCGAGCAACACACUUGUAGUGAUGGAUUCUGCUGGUUCAACUGUGACAACUAUUAGUUUCCAUGAUGGAAAAGUUACAUUUAACCAAACACCUGUUUCCACCCUCAUUGAGGACUUUGUCGGGAAGGCAAUCAUAUUGGCUUCAAAACUUGAAGGACUGUUUUCCGUGAAAACUGGUACACUUACUUUAUUUGUAAGAGCGACGGUUGAAGGAAAGUUGGAGGUGGUAAAUAAAGUCGACUAUGCAACUGCAGUUAGCGAUCUUCUGGCAAUUUCAGAGGAUCGGCAAGCUUUUGCAUUUGUGCACAGUAGAAGCAAUGAUAUUGACUUAACAGUGAAGCUUGGUGCAGACUGGAACCAUGAUUUGCUUAAGGAGAGCGUUAAGAUGGACCAAGAAAGAGGGUCUGUCAAGAAGGUGUUCAUAAACAACUACAUCCGGACAGACAGGUCCCAUGGAUUCAGGGCACUGAUUGUCAUGGAAGAUCAUUCUCUUUUGCUGGUACAACAAGGUGCUAUUGUUUGGAGUAGGGAGGACGCUCUGGCUUCAGUGAUAGAUGUUAAAACGUCAGAACUUCCUGUUGAAAAGAAAGGUGUUUCAGUUGCAAAAGUCGAGGAGACCCUCUUUGAGUGGCUUCAGGGACAUGUGCUUAAGCUGAAAGGAACACUAAUGCUUGCAAGUCCUGAUGAUAUGGCUGCCAUACAAGCCUUAAGGUUGAAAGCCUCUGGGAAGAGCAAGAUGACCCGAGACCAUAAUGGUUUCCGGAAGCUUCUCAUUGUGCUCACAAAAGCAGGGAAAAUAUUUGCCUUGCACACUGGAGAUGGUAGGAUCAUCUGGUCUCGGUUACUGAACUCUCUACGCCAAUCAGCAACAUGCGAGGCCCCAACUGGGCUCAAUCUGUUCCCCUGGCAUGUUCCUCAUCACCAUGCACUGGACGAGAAUCCAUCUGUUCUUGUUGUCAGCCGAUGUGGACCAAGUGAUGAUGCUUUAGGUCUACUUUCUUUUGUUGAUACCUACACUGGCAAGGAGCUUAGUUCAGCAAGCCUUGACCAUUCUGUUGUGCAAGUCAUUCCUCUGCCAUUCAUGGAUUCAACUGAACAACGCCUACAUCUUCUAAUAGAUGCUAGUGGGCAAGCUCAUUUGUACCCCAAGACCUCUUAUGCUCUCAGUAUUUUCAGAUCUGAGUUGUCAAAUGUUUACUGGUAUUCAGUUGAAGUUGAGACAGGUAUUAUUAAGGGGUAUGCUCUAAAAGAAAAGGCUUCCGAUAACUAUUCUUUUGACACUAGAAGUAUAUGGUCGAUCGUCUUCCCCUCGGAAUCGGAAAAGAUAAUCAAAUCUUCAACCAGAAAAUCGAAUGAGGUUGUUCAUACCCAAGCAAAGGUCAUAGCAGAUCAAGAUGCAAUGUUCAAAUAUAUAUCGAAAAAUUUACUCUUUGUUGCAACUGUUGCACCGAAAGCCAGUGGUGAUAUGGGCUCAUCGACCCCAGAGGAGUCAUGGUUGAUUGUCUACCUUAUUGAUACAAUAACAGGCCGCAUAUUGCAACGAAUGACUCAUCAUGGGGCCCAAGGUCCAGUAGAGGCGGUUGUCAGUGAAAACUGGGUAAUCUAUCACUACUUCAAUCUCAGAGCACACAGAUAUGAGAUGUCGGUGAUUGAAAUUUAUGAUCAGUCUCGGGCGGACAACAAAGAUGUUUGGAAGCUUAUCCUGGGGAAGCAUAAUCUGACUUCCCCUGUGUCUUCGUAUUCUCGGCCAGAGGUCAUGACAAGGUCACAGUCUUACUUCUUUACCCAUUCCGUAAAAUCAAUAGCAGUUACAUCAACUGCAAAGGGCAUAACUUCGAAGCAGCUACUUAUCGGUACAGUUGGCGACCAGGUUUUGGCACUCGAUAAACGAUUCUUGGAUCCUCGUAGAUCAGUCAACCCCACGCAAGCAGAAAAAGAGGAAGGAAUUAUUCCUCUCACCGAUUCGCUGCCCAUCAUCCCUCAGUCAUAUGUUACACAUGCCCUUAAAGUGGAAGGCCUGAGAGGCAUUGAAACCGUACCGGCCAAGCUGGAGUCAACCACUCUCAUUUUUGCUUAUGGAGUUGACCUCUUCUUCACCCGGUUCGCACCAUCAAGGACCUACGACUCUCUCACAGAAGACUUCAGCUACGCGCUCUUGCUCUUGACCAUUGUCGCCCUAGUGGCCGCCAUCUUCAUAACAUGGAUUCUAUCGGAGAAGAAAGAACUCCGAGACAAGUGGAGGUGA